CUGAAGUGAGUCCGCGGGAGCUGCCGCCGUCGUCCCGUCCCCUUCGCCGCCGCCCCGCGCGGCCCCGCCGUCGGCCAGGAUGCUAGAGGAAGCGGGCGAGGUGCUGGAGAACAUGCUGAAGGCGUCGUGCCUGCCGCUCGGCUUCAUCGUCUUCCUGCCCGCCGUGCUGCUGCUGGUGGCGCAGCCGCUGCCCGCCGCCGACGCCGCGCACGAGUUCACCGUGUACCGCAUGCAGCAGUACGACCUGCAGGGCCAGCCCUACGGCACUCGGAACGCAGUGCUCAACACGGAGGCGCGCACCGUAGACGCAGACGUGCUGAGCCGGCGCUGCGUCCUCAUGCGGCUGGUGGACUUCUCCUACGAGCAGUACCAGAAGGCCCUGCGGCAGUCAGCAGGUGCCGUGGUCAUCAUCCUGCCGCGGGCCAUGGCUGCCGUGCCCCAGGACGUCGUCCGGCAAUUCAUGGAGAUCGAGCCUGAGAUGUUGGCCAUGGAGACAAUCGUGCCUGUGUACUUUGCCAUGGAAGAUGAGGCCCUGCUGUCCAUCUAUGAGCAGACCCAGGCUGCUUCUGCCUCCCAGGGUUCUGCCUCAGCCGCAGAAGUGCUGCUCCACACGGCCACUGCCAAUGGCUUCCAGAUGGUCACCAGUGGAGUCCAGAGCAAGGCCGUGAGCGACUGGCUUAUCACCAGCGUGGAGGGGCGGCUGACGGGGCUGGGUGGAGAGGACCUUCCCACCAUCGUCAUCGUGGCCCACUACGACGCGUUCGGAGUGGCCCCGUGGCUGUCACUUGGCGCAGACUCCAAUGGGAGCGGCGUCUCCGUGCUGCUGGAGCUGGCCCGCCUCUUCUCCAGGCUGUACACCUACAAGCGCACCCACGCCGCGUACAACCUGCUGUUCUUUGCUUCUGGAGGGGGCAAGUUUAACUACCAGGGCACGAAGCGCUGGCUGGAAGACAACCUGGACCACACAGACUCCAGCCUGCUGCAGGACAAUGUAGCCUUCGUCCUGUGCCUGGACACCGUGGGCCGGGGGAGCAGCCUGAACCUGCACGUGUCCAAGCCGCCCCGGGAGGGGACCCUGCAGCAUGCCUUCCUGAGGGAGCUCGAGACGGUGGCCGCCCACCAGUUCCCCGAGGUGCGGUUCUCCAUGGUACACAAGAAGAUCAACCUGGCCGAGGACGCGCUGGCCUGGGAGCAUGAGCGCUUUGCCAUCCGCCGGCUGCCUGCCUUUACCCUGUCCCACCUGGAGAGCCACCGCGACAGCCAGCGCAGCAGCAUCAUGGACGUGCGGUCCCGGGUUGAUUCUAAGACCCUGACCCGCAACACGAGGAUCAUCGCAGAGGCCCUGACCCGGGUCAUCUACAACCUGACGGAGAAGGGGACGCCCCCGGAUAUGCCGGUGUUCACAGAGCAGAUGCAGAUCCAGCAGGAGCAGCUGGACUCGGUGAUGGACUGGCUCACCUACCAGCCGCGGGCCGCACAGCUGCUGGACAAGGACGGCACGUUCCUCAGCACGCUGGGCCACUACCUGAGCCGCUACCUGAAGGACGUGAAGCAGCACCACGUCAAAGCCGACAAGCGGGACCCCGAGUUUGUCUUCUAUGACCAGCUCAAGCAGGUGAUGAACGCCUACAGGGUCAAGCCGGCCAUUUUCGACCUCCUCCUGGCCGUCUGCAUCGGCGCCUACCUCGGGAUGGCCUACACGGCAGUCCAGCACUUCGACCUCCUCUACAAGACAGUUCAGAGGCUGCUCGUGAAGGCCAAGACACAGUGACAUGGUCCCCCAGGGCCCCCGCUGCCUGUCGCCCCCACCACCCCAGCCGGCAGGCGCUCUAGUGAGUGGACGCAUCCCCACCGCCACCUCUGCAGGACCUGGCCUCCCCUCCCCCGCGGUGGCCGAAACACUGAAUUACAGAGGUGUCCUGUGUUGCUUUUUAGGACUUGGGGGAUUCUUGCUUUUUUCUUUUCUUUAACUUCCUUGGAGGGGAGCUUGGGGGAGGUCCUGGGGUCAGGACACGGACUUGGGGACAAGUCAAGUCCGCGGAUGAGCCCCCAGCCCUAGAGACGCCUCGGCUCGCCUAAGGGAACGUUCAUACUAAGGAGGAAAUGCCAGGAUUCCCCUGCUGGUGACAGCCUUGGCCGUGAGCCCUGCACCCAGGGACUGCAGUCCUCAGACAUGUGGGACCAGCCCUCAGAUGUCCCUGUCCUGAUUCCUGCCCCUGUGACUUAUUUAUCUUUUUCCUCUUGCCUGAAGAGGAUAGCGCCAGCCUCUGGGUUUCCAGGUUCUGUCCCCUCCAAAGCCCUUGUCCCUCUCCAGUGUGGAAUCCCCCUCCCUGGGAGGUCUGCUCAGAGUGUAGCCUGAGUGUCCCGUCUCCCCCUGAGCCUGGGGCAAGCAUGACCAGCCCUGGAGACACAGGGUACUCCCCUGCCACGUUGGGAGGUCACGCUGCCCAGCCUUCCCCUUUUCCCACCACCGGGAUCUGUCAGUGGCAAGCAAACGUGAUUGUCACCAGGGUGUACUGGUGGGGCCAUUCCCUGAGCACGUGUUCCUGCCCCCACACCACACUCUCCUGGUCAUUCCUGCAUCUCUCCUCCUCUGCCUGUUCCCUCAUGUCCCUUGGGGGUGGCAGAGCCCAGGCUUUCUCCCCAGGCUGUGUCUCCAGCUUCUUCACCGUGGCCCCUGGCUCCCUGCCCAGUUUUUGGCAUUAAGUUUUCCCACGGCUGGCCUGUCCUCUUGGGGACGUGGCAGAAGGCAGCCGUGGAGGCCUCCCAGCCCCAGACUCCUCCCCUAAUGCACUUCCCAACCCGGGCACAGUUUCCUCAUCUUUAGAAAGGAGGGUGCCUUCCGGGGGGACGUCCAGGUGGGCGUCCAACGAGAGUGUUUGCUGUGGCCUGGGGGCUGCUCUUCCCAGGACCUGAAGCAGAAAGGCGUGGGAGCCAUCGACUGAGCCUGUAUCCCCACAAACCAGGCGCCCUGUGGGGCGUGAGCCCCUCGCAAGGGAAGGGAGGGGGAGGGGCCUCCAGUGCCGGGGCCGGACUUGACCUCAGGGAGACCAAGGUGUAUCAAUUCAUUAGCAAUAUAAUCAAUUAGGUGUUCGCAGGGGGAGGAUCAGCAUGGGGGGAGUCCAGGCCCCGGCACCUGCUGAGGCCUCCAGGGAGGUCUUGGCCUGUCAGAUGCUGAGGGGGACGAGGGCCAGCCCAUUGGAGCCAAGUGUCUUGGACCCUCUGUGGCUCUGGCCGCCCAUUCCUUGGCUGCCACCUCUGCCCUUGACACAGCCUUUGGCCACCAUCCUCGGUGAUGGCCCACCCCCAUCCUGUGCCCAGCCUGCACAGGGACCCUCUUUUCCAUCCUCACUGGCCGGGUGGCCCGCCUCCCCCAGAGACUGUUUCCCGAGGGCCCAGUCAGCCCGGCCCACCUCUGAGCCUUUGUGCCCGGGCAGCCAGACCCUGAUACUGAGGCUGGUGUCUCCCCACUGCCUGAAGGACUUGGGGCACGCGAAGUGCCAGCGAGCUUCUGGCUGGUCGAGCUGUCCAGGCCGGUGUUCCCAAGCAAGCUUCCUUCCUUCCCGGGCAGGUCACUGGGAUGGACCGGCCAUCUGGAGCUCAGGCCGGUUGUGGGACACUGUUGGCCCCAUCACAAAAUAAAGCCAUAUUGAACGAUG